AUGAGAGACACCGCUUCACAUAUUCCCAAAUUACCCAACAUCAACUUUGAGAAUGAUUCAAGGCUAUCAUUGGACGACAGCAGCACUGUACUCUCAUCCAGCCAUAUAUCCAAUGCAAGCACCAUCAACACACAGCAACCCACUCGUCUGGAACGACUACUUCGCACUGGCAGCUUAUCAGAUUCUGGCUACCUUUCAGAGAAGAAAAAGGAAGAGAAAAUAUACACUGAUAGCGAAGAAUACACAUUGACAGAACAGUAUGAAGGGCAGCAGAUGGAAGAAGAUCCCUAUCGAUGGGUCAUUCUUGUGGGUGGAUUUCUUGCACAAGCCAUCAGCAUGUGUACAUUAUCAAGCUGGUAA